AUGGCGCCGCGUUGCCAUGGCGCCGCGUUGCCAGGGAGCGCCGCCCCGCGCGCCGCNAAGGGAAGGGAGGAGAAGGCAAAGGCGCUUCCUCUUCUCGAUCUGCCCUUUGCCCUUCCUGGCGCUGGGGCCCGCGCUCUUCGCCUUGCCCGCCGCCUUCUCGUCGCCCUCGGCGGCGGCGGCGCUGGCGGCGGGCGGCUCUACCGCGCCGGGGAGGACCCGCUCAGCGUGCUGGCGGCCGGCACCGUGCGGCGCGCGCUGCUCAACUCCUCGGCCGCCUGGCUCGUGCAGUUCUACAGCUCCUCGUGCGGGCACUGCGUCGCCUUCGCUCCCACCUGGCGGGCGCUCGCGGGGGACGUCAAGGACUGGGAAUCCGCGAUCAGAAUUGGUGUGCUCGAUUGUGGGGAAGAAGAGAACUACGAGACAUGUAAAGAAUAUGGUAUUCACUAUUACCCAACGUUUAGGUACUUCAAAGCAUUUACAAAGCAGUUUACGACUGGAGAAAAUUAUAAAGGAGCGGAUCGGGAGCUGCAAACAGUUCGCCAGAUGAUGAUUGACUUCUUACAGAACCACUCCCAAGAGCUGAGGCCACCUGCUUGCCCUCCCCUGGCCCCAAUUUUGUCCGGUGAUAUUACUUCCCUUUUUGGCAAGAGUAGCCCUCAUUACACUGCCAUCGUGUUUGAAAAUAGUAACUCCUAUGUUGGACGAGAGGUUAUCUUAGACUUGAUUCAGUAUGAAAACAUUGUGGUAAAGAGAGCACUGAAUUUUGAUAAGCCUUUUCUGGAGAAACUCGGGAUUAGCUCUGUCCCUUCGUGCUACCUGGUGCAUCCAAAUGGAUCCCACGGAUUAAUUAACAUUUUGAAGCCCCUACGCUCUUUYUUUUCUUCGUAUUUAAAGUCACUGCCAGGUGUAAGAAAAAAGCUUCUUUCGCCACCUCAGCUACCUAUAAAAGAAAACAAAGAGGAGAGCACAGAAAUCAAGGAGUGGAAAGAGUUUGAUAAAUCUAAGCUGUACAUGGCUGACCUUGAGUCAGGAUUGCAUUACCUGCUCAGGGUAGAGCUCGCCACGCACAAGACGCUUGAGGGCGCAGAGCUGAAGACCUUCAAGGAUUUUGUUACCAUCUCUGCCAAGCUUUUCCCCGGCCGUCCGCCUGUGGUGAAGUUGUUAGAGACCUUGCAAGAGUGGCUGGUGAGCCUUCCAUUAGACAAAAUCCCUUAUGAUGCUAUCCUAGAUCUGGUCAACAACAAAAUGCGGAUUUCAGGGAUAUUUCUCACUAAGCGAGUUCAGUGGGURGGAUGUCAGGGCAGCAGAGCCGAACUGAGAGGUUACACCUGCUCCCUCUGGAAGCUCUUCCACACCUUAACUGUUCAAGCUGCACUGCAACCAAAAGCACUGCUCAAUACAGGUCUUGAAGAUAAGCCACAAAUAGUCCUUCAGAUCAUGCAGAGAUACAUUCAGCACUUCUUUGGAUGCAAGGCCUGUGCUCAGCACUUUGAAGAAAUGGCUAAAGAAUCCAUGGAUUCUGUUAAGACCUUAGAGAAGGCUGUUCUCUGGCUCUGGGAGAAACACAACGUAGUGAAUAAUAGACUUGCAGGUGAUUUGAGUGAAGAUCCAAAAUUUCCCAAAGUCCAGUGGCCAACUCCCGACCUUUGCCCUGCGUGUCAUGAAGAAAUUAAAGGAUUGCACAGCUGGAAUGAAGACCAAGUYCUACAGUUCAUGAAGAAUCACUACAACAGUGAAAAUAUUUUAUAUAAAUACACUGAAGGCCAGACUGACUCCAAUGAAGUUGAACUUGGAGAUACAGGGGAGACGAAAGACAAAAAUAAGAUCGUGGACCAAGAAAAUGUACAAGAUCCCAAAUUUAAAGUAUUAGAUAAGCUAACAGCAAACCAAGCCCCUGUCAAAGAUAGAGGUAAAAGUGCAGUUGAGUCAGCUGGUCAUAAAGAGACCAAACAGUCUGUGUCAUUCUUAGGGAUUGGGUUUUCAAACAUAGACAUGAGUCUGUGUGUUGUACUGUAUGUAGCAUCGUCCUUGUUUUUAAUGAUAAUGUACUUUUUUUUCAGAAUGAGAUCCAAGCGGUGGAAAGUGAAGUAUUAUCGUUUAUCUGUAUAGAAUUUUACAUCAGAAGCAAAGCUUUCCUUGUACGUGGCUGUUCAGUUCCAGGUGCAGCUUUAAUAUUUAUGAUCAGGGAUUUUAUAUACAGUAUUGCUUGUUUCAGAACCCUUUCUUCCCAAUUCAUUUCACCGUUGUUCCAGCUCCCUAUACAGCUUGCUGUUAAGRGCGCUAAUCUCUGACUGCCACAGGCACAUAGUGCUACCCUAAAAUGUCUACAGAAGGAAGAAUUGCCUUUUCUGGUUAAGAUUUUCCAUGACUUGCCRGCUACAACCUUUACUCGUUGUAAGUAAACACUAUAUCACUACAUUAUACAAUUAAUUGUGCCUGGAUGGGAAAGAAAAUYGAUAUUUUCUGUACUUUAAGUUUUUUGAUAUAUAUACAUAUAAAUCCAGAGCUGAUUUUCCUGCAGGAUUACUGAAGUUAUACUGAUACCUUACCUUUGGAGGAGCAAGAGCUUUGAUUUUUAGGAAACAAGCUCUGUUUUGAUUAAGCAAUUCUAAACCUCUAUUCCCAUUACGUAUUUAAAGUGAAAAGUAUUAAGUGUUCAGAUAAGUCUUCCAUUCUCUUAUGAGUUCCAGCCAAACCUGUAAAUGCCUCUGCUAGGAUGAGAGCUCUGGGACGGUGAGUGUAUCUGUAAGAAGCCUGAUUCUGGUUUUGCUGAUAUUGCCAUCAUUUUAUAGAGUUCAGAUCUAAGCAAGAACGGAAUUGGACCCAGAGUUUUUCCUGCUCUGCUAUUGAAUGCAUUAAUGGAGCACUAGACAAAUCCCCUUGAUUGGCUAAUUUAUGAUGCAGAGGAGUCAUUAAGUAAUCAUUGAUAUGUCAGUCUUGGGAAGCCAGUUCUGGUGGACUCCUGUGAAAGGAAGCACAAUUUUUAAUGAAGGCAAAUGGGACUCCCGUGGCACGAGUGCCCCGGAACCAACCCACGGAUCUGGAUGCCCUGAGCUUCCUGUGGCUCUGUGUAAAUCCAUUCCACUGAAAUMGUUUCUGUCACUUGAGAGGCAGUGCAGGAACUUUGUGCUGCUGUUACCAGUCACAGAGAACAUCACCUGCCAGCUGCAAAACUUCCUGUAAGUACCUUUAAAAAACAGAGCAGCCUCAUGAUCUUGUCCUGCUCCGAGAGUGCGACACCAUUUGGGACAAAAAGGGAAGUUUAAGUCCRGGAACUCCUCAUUCUAGGACGUGGGAACCCAGCAGUUGUGUUAACCCAUCCGCCGGGAUCCAGGUGGGCAGUGACUGGAAUAAAACAUGGAACCAGCUACAGAAUUACCCYUCAGAACAGGAGUUCCUCUUUGAUCCGAGCUGUGGGGGAUAAUUCACAUCCUGGAUAGCGAAGUUUAUAAUCCUAUCCAUUGUAAUUGAGCAUGUUCUAGUUAUCCAUUACCUAAUCUGUAGUUAAUCCUAAUAGGUUUUGGCCUCGAUGUUUUCUUGUGGCAGUGAGUUCUACAGAUUAAUUAUGUUAUAUAAAAAGGCUUUUCCUUUCAGUUUUCCAUUUGUAACUCUUAAUUGAAUGGUCCCUAGCUCUUGUGUUACGCGAGAAGGAGUAAAUAGUCCCUGGCUAAUUCGUUCUUACAUCGUAUCAUUCUUCACUGURUGGUUAGUGUGAGCUCUCUUAUUGCCAUCGUCCGCCCUCGGAUGAAAAGCUGGGAGCUCUGCAAUAGAAAUGGGCUACAAAUCAGCACAAAACCCCAGUGAGGAUAUUCUUCAUAAGUGGAUCUUCUUCACUGAGAAACUCGAGUCAAAAAUCAGACUCYCGGUCAUUGUCUUUGUGGGAUCUUCAAUAUUAAGACUACCUGUAAGCAGCUAUAGAAAGAGUGAAACAGCAGGUGRCAAGUCAGGACUGGCUCUGGAGUGCCCUGAAUUUUGUACUAGAAUCCAGGGAAAGAUCCCAGGAGAAGGUUAAUUAAGAGGAUAACCCAGAGAUUUCAAUUUUACGUUGGCAAACUGGGCUACUUUUAUGUGACUUAACUGGGGAGAAUGAGCCAAAACCUCAAAGUUUAGUGUCCCUUAAGUAGAUCCAUAGGGCAACAUAGGUACCGAAGGUGGAAAAAGUUGGAUUUACGUAGGGCUGGAUUUCCCGCCAGCAGUAACAUUGCGAUGCAUAGGGAAAUAAGUAAAGAUUUUGCAAGUCUGUAGGAAUUAUUUUGACAUUAAAACAGCCGUUUAUGUGUUUGGGGAUAUGUUACCUUUCUGUGACAUGUGUUAACUUUAUGUUGCCUUGACCCUGUGRUAAAUGUGUGCAAAAUGACCAGAUAUUGAGACAAGCAGUGAUUCCAGCGUGUUCCCCGGGAGGGCUAAAGCAGGAAAGCAGAAGGCCUCUUGGCCGUGGUGGGACUGACCCCCUCUGCUAGCGGUGCCGAACGCCUGCCAGACCUGCCUUGCCUCCGGUAAACCUUGCUUUAUUCCGUCUUAUUUUGUGUCUUUGUAACGACAGUUUCUGUCCUUUUGCGUAUUCCGGCUGCUAAGGCGGCGUUAAGYCCACCCUGGAAGGGGAGCUGCUGCUUUCCGUGGUGCACCGUAGGUAGGUGAGGUGCAAGGAAGUAUUUCCUUUGUCAAAAUGCCUCAAAGCACCAUCUUUUCAGACCCCUAACUCUAAUUUGUGUAUUGUGAUACAUCACAAAAGCUUUCAUAAACACUUAGACAUCGUACAAAAACUCCUGAGAGUCACUUUCCAGAGGGAUUUCUGGCCCUUUGUGAUUUAUGGAGACUUUGCUAUAUAAGGAGGAAAUACUAAACCUGCAGAGAAAAUAAAAGUACAGUGGCAUAUGCGAGGUCAGAGGAAGAAGAGCUGCAAGUGCUAAAGAGACCACAUGAAAUUAUUCUCUGAAAUUACCAUUUUUAACUCCAAACAGUGUGUGUAUACGUCCUGCUCUUCUGGUUCAGUAAUGGAUGGUAAUGGUCUACAACCAUUGUAGAAAAGGUCCAAACUGUAUUUUCUAGGUCUCUGUAUUGCAUAUGAGGUGUUUGAAAGAGUGGAUAUAACGGUUCAAUAAUUUAAGUGUU